UGGAGGAAAGGACACUGGCUGCAAUGGUUUCUUAAUUAUUCCUAACAAUGUGCAAAUUUUAGUAAAUGUAGUUUAGUUGUAAACUCAUCAGUUCAAGAUAGUUAUUUGUGUUUUGUGUUCACUUACAGUAGUACCAGGUUCACAAGACAAUUCUAAAAGUGAACAUUCAGAGCAGAAUUAGCAGAUUAGAAAACGGUUUUGACAGCUGGAAUUUCGAGCAGAGUGGGAGCUCUUCAUGUCGGGCAUCGUGAUGAACCCAAACAACCUCGAGUUUGUCAUUCUCAACCACGCUUAUCACUGACGGACGAUCCAUUUAUCGUCUACACUGAGUGACCACACAUGGGUCCAGAUGUUGCAAAUGAGAUAACGCGAAUAUAAACUUUGGAUGUUUAAUCUGGAGGCAUACGUUAGCAUGCGGCCAUCCCUGGACGACGUUAGCUUUAGUCAGCAGCUCAUUCGGUUAACGAUACUGUUUGAUAGCGUUAACGUUACAUGUGGCACAUGCCGACUCCAACGUUAACCUCAGCAGCAGCAACACUUUGAUGCAGAUUUUACCUUGUCGCUCUCCUCUAAGGUUGCCAAGAGAAAGAGAAACCUCUUCUGAAAACUACUAGGACACCAUGGCCCCACAGCCAGUGGUCCAGGCCAUCAUUGACCUCUCUGCAGGAGCCGUAGGGGGAGCUGCAUGUGUCUUUAGCGGGCAGCCUCUAGACACGGCAAAGGUCAAGAUGCAGACCUUUCCUACAAUGUACCGGGGUUUCAUCCACUGCAUCUCGUCCACCUACAAACAAGUGGGUAUACGUGGUCUCUACCAGGGCACCACACCGGCACUGAUGGCCAACAUUGCCGAGAACUCCGUGCUCUUCAUGAGCUACGGCUUCUGCCAGCAGGUCAUCCGUUUCACGGCUGGACUGCCCAGUGAAGCUGUCCUAAGUGACAUGCAAAAAGCCUCUGCUGGCUCAGUAGCAUCCAUUUUCUCUUCGCUAGUACUCUGCCCCACUGAGCUCGUCAAGUGUCGGCUGCAAGCCAUGUAUGAAAUGGAGGCAUCAGGCAAGAUUACUAAGAGCGACAAUACGAUGUGGUCAGUGGUGAAAUCCAUCAUGAGGCAUGAGGGUCCGCAAGGCUUCUUCCAGGGCCUGACCACCACCAUAGCCAGAGAAGUCCCCGGUUACUUUUGCUUCUUCGGUGCCUAUGAGCUCUCCCGCACCACCUUUGCCGACUACAUGAAGUGUGACCGAGACGACAUAGGUGUGGCCCCAAUCGUGUUCAGCGGUGGUUUCGGGGGGGCGUGCCUGUGGCUGGUGGUGUAUCCCUUUGACUGUGUCAAGUCUCGGAUCCAGGUGAUGUCUAUGACGGGAAAACAAGCAGGGUUUUUCAAAACCUUCAUGACCAUCGCUCGUACUGAAGGUACGAGGGCACUCUACUCUGGUCUUACCCCCACCAUGGUCCGCACCUUCCCUGCUAACGGAGCGCUGUUCCUGGGUUAUGAGGCCAGCCGGAAGCUCAUGAUGAAGCAGUACGACAGCUGAAAUAUGCACAACACAAGUAAUGUAGACGUUUAGUAUUAUAGCCUUGUAACCUCAUCAAAGGUUUCAAAACAAAACGACUCCAAUUGAAGCAGUGAAGCCUCUUAUGUAUGAGACCGUGUUUUUGGCAUUUCCUGCUUCUGUUUAAUUUAAAAACCUGAAUGCUGCCACACUCCAUCUCUUUUUAACCUACACCUCUGACAUAGUGUUUACAUACUUUAAAUCCUUAUAUUUAUUUUUAAAAUUAGGAUUGUUUGUUUUUAACUCACCCAAAAUAGUAUUGCCACCAUACAUAUACGUAUAUGAGAAGAAUAUAUGUGCAGCGGUGAGAAUUUUGAACACUCUGGUUGAUUAUGUGAUGUCUACCUCAAAGGAGUCGGAGCCGACCAUAAAUAUCGUUCUCUGUCAGUCAUUUCAAAUAAUUGUAUUACUUGCUCUGUAUGCAAUUACGUGGGUAAGAAAAACACUCCGUUGUGAGGUUAUCUUUAACGCAAACAAUCUUAAAACCUUGCUUGUUGCUUGACGUGGCUUGUGUUCUCAAUUAUGAAAUCAUUCUCAGCUAAGCAAGCGUCUCGGUUUUGGACCAUAUCUCAGUUUGUUUUGACACAGUGGAAAAAAAAAUGCAAUUCUGGUUUAAGAAAAAAA